AUGACCCGUCAGAAGUCGGCCAAUGGCGCGAAGACCCAGAAAGCGACUUACACCACGUGCAUCUCCUGUGGCAAUUGGGCGUGGGAUUGGCGCCUGCGUAAGCAGCAUGGGAAGUGUAAGGUCUGUGGCUCCCACGUCUCGGGCUUUGAGAACGAGCCGUGGAUCCGCUCGCAGCACACCCGUGCCCCGUGGGACCAUGCUGACCAGUCUGCGUGGUCGGCUCCAGCAUGGGCUCCUCCGUCCAAGGAUUGGCCCUCGCUCCCGCCCAAGGCGGAGCCCGCUCAGCUCUUGCAGCAGUAUCUCAAGGUGGCUGGUCUCUCCUCGGAUUCGACGGCGCUGCAGCUCGCUCACCAGUUCGAGGAGGCGGCGGAGCGUAUUAAGCCCAAGCCCAAAGCCAAGUGCCCAUAUGUUGUCCUGCGCGAGGCCACCUCUCUCUGUGCCCAGACGCAGGCCAAGCUCGCCAAGGCGUCCAAGCAGCUCCUCUCGGCCGAGGCCUGGUUGGAGGAGUGCAAGGGGCGCCAGCUGGCCGCGGCUGAUGAGCUCUUCGAGGCGGACCAGGCCCGCUUGGUCGCCCAAGAGGCCACGCAGAGCGGCGGCGCAGGCGUCAAGACUGAGACUGCUGCCGCUGAAGGUGGCGAGGCGACCCCUCACUUCGGCGUCGACCCCCAGCUCUUCCAGGACUUGGAUGACUAUGAGGGGGACAAGCAGAAGCUGUUGCAGUUCCAACGGGAGCUUGAUGACAUCGCGACACAGGACAAGGCCCGCGAGCAGCAGUUCAAGGAGCUGCUCGCCUCUGCCAAGCAGGCCUUGCGUGCUCCUCGCAAGAGGCGCCGCGCAGAUGGCGGCCAGGCCAAGGCUGAUGAGGCAGAGGGCGCGGCUGCGGAGGCGACCCCAGGCGCGGCUGCAGCCGAUGGCAGUGGCGGCGGCGCUGGCUCCCAGGACCAGCCGUCCGCUGAGGAGCGCGCCAGGUUGCUGCCCCUGGCCGCGACGCUCCUGCUGAGCCGGCUGCCGUGCACGAGCGCGGGUGGCAUGGGCGCCUCUUCAGGCGAUGCCACGGUGUUCUACUCCAGCAUCACAGAGUGGGGCCCUCAGGCCCGACGGUUCCUCACGGAGAAGUAUUAUGACCAUUCAGUUGUGGCGCUGGCGGAGACCCACCAAGGGGCCAAUGCCUUGCCGCAGCUGGAGACCGACCUCGAGAAGGCCUGGAGUUUCGCGGCAUCAACAAAUGACAUCAUGGUCGCGCUGGCGUCUUUCACUCGGGCCCUUGCCGACCCGCGGCUGGCGGUGGCGGACUGGAAUUGUGAGCCGCCCAGUCUCGUUGCCAGCGGAUGGGCCCCACAGCUGCAGGCACGCCUGGAGGUCCCGCAGAAUUGUAAAGCGACUUGUGGCAAGGGCCCAGGCCGCUUGUAUGACUAUGUGCUCGCCAGCUACACCUGCCCUGAUAUCUCCUUGCAGGCUGUGCAGAGCGCCCCUUGGAAGACGCACUGUGGUGCCUUGAUCACCACCAAGGGCGCGCGUAAGGAGCGCUGGGUCUCGAAGUUGGACGCCUACUUCGGCAAGAAGACCACGCUUGAGUUGGCUGCGGCGUGGGUUGCGGAUGCUGCCAUCCUGGAGGAGCUGGGGGAUGGCGCGCUGGACCAUUUCGCGCAGCUGGCUCAGCGCUGGUCGGACUGGGCCCCGACACGGGCAAUGAUGGCCUCCAGGGCUAGCUUCAUGGCUUCGGUGCGCGAGCAGUGGCGAGUCAAACCAGGCUUAGUGCAUCGCCAUGUCAAGCCAGAUCCUCCACCUGAAUGGGAGGGUGCUGGCCCCGACGGCUGCCCCACCAGCCACCCUCAUCUCCUGUUGGAGGGCAAGCGCCAGCAUUGGUCUGGGAUCUGGCGCGAGCAGGUGGACACUCAAGAGGACCUCCACUACUGGCUGGACCAGUUGCACUCAGACGCCUUGGAGGAAGCGUUGCCGCCCUUUGAGCUUGACCAGCUCACCUCCACCCUGCGGGCCAUGCCAUCGAAUAAGGCUCAGGGAGUUGAUGCUCUAGGGCCGAACGAUGCGCUGCGUCUUCCAGACGUUGGGCGCCGCGCUCUGGUGAACCUCUUAAAUGAGAUUGAACUUUCAGGGGUGUGGCCUGAAGAGCUCAUGACGGCGCUCGGCGCAUCCAUCCCAAAGGAGGCGGGCGGCCACCGUGUUCUUGGUCUGAUGCCCCACACGGCCAACCUGUGGAGCAGGACGGAAAGUGCUCGAACCACGGUGAUUGGAGAUAUGAAGUCGGCCGCUCAGUCCAUUGCUCAGUUGUUCAAGGACAACCGUCUGACGAUCUCCGACAAGACUAAGCUGGUUGCCAGCGAUGAUGCGCUGGGCUCGUCUCUGGUCACCUCCCUGAAGAGCAUGGGCAUUCCCGUCACCCUCACCCCGUCGGCUGUCGACCUGGGAGUUGACGCAGCCGGGCAGGCGUGCUACCCUCUGCUACUUAUGGCCAUCAAGCUCAUGGGCUUCGACGUGACGUUCUUACUGAAUGGUUUCGGAUGUGGAUUGCGCACCCGUACUUGCAUGUACGCACUGCUCGUGUCUGGCCUCGUGUUCGUGCUGGGCUGGGUGAUCGCGUCCGCUGGCGUGGAGUCCGUGGGCGCUGAGGGGCCAGAGGACUACACGUUCCUCUCUUUCGGCGAGGCUGGCUACAGUGACACCGUCUUGGAGGAUUUCAACGAGCUCUUGGCGGACCUUGAGCACGACUGCCGCGCUGCUGCCCGGCGCUUGGCUGCCAAGCAUCCUGAUGGUGAACAGCUCGCUGGCGGAGCAGAUCUGCAUGGGAUACAGCGUGAAUUGGAUGCCUUCGCCAAGAAGGGCGCCAUGGACAUGUAG